UUGUUUGUUCCAGCGAGCACCAGCUGCUCGGCACUCCGGGCUCCGCUGCUUCCCUGCCCGGCUCCUAGCCCCGCCGGCCUCCCCCGACCGGCCAACUUCUGCACCCUCUGCUCCUUCAUUCCCCCUCCACCUCCCCACGCCCGGAGCUGGGGAGGAGGAGAAGGAGCCGGGAGAGAAAGAGAGAGAGGGAGGGGGGAAAAAAAGAGGCACCGACAAUAACAGCCCCCCCUCCCCCUCCCCAUUCAAAAACACAAACCCUAGGGAUAGAUGAACUACAAAUGAGAAAGAGGAAAAGAUGGAACUGCACAUCCUAGAGCACAGGCUCAGAGUGGCCAGCAUAGCUAAGGAGAGCAUCCAGUUGUUUACCUAUGGAUUAAUCAAACUUGCUUUCCUGUCCUCCAAGACGAGGUGCAAGUUCUUCAGCCUCACAGAAACCCCAGAGGACUACACCAUCAUCGUGGAUGAAGAGGGCUUCCUAGAGCUCCCUUCUUCGGAGCACCUGAGCGUGGCCGAUGCGACGUGGCUGGCCCUCAACGUGGUGUCUGGUGGAGGUGGCUUCUCUGGCUCCCAGCCCAUCGGAGUCACCAAAAUCGCCAAGUCAGUAAUAGCACCACUAGCUGACCAAAACAUCUCAGUGUUCAUGCUCUCCACCUAUCAGACGGACUUCAUCCUGGUACGUGAGCGAGACCUGCCCUUCGUGAUGCACACGCUGGCUGCUGAGUUCACCAUCCUCAGAGUAGUGAAUGGGGAGACAGUGGCUGCUGAUGACCUUGGGAUAACCAAUGGAUUUGUCAAACCAAAACUGGUUCAGAGGCCUGUCAUUCAUCCCCUUUCCAGCCCGAGUAACAUGUUCUGCGUCACCAGCCUGGAUCCCGACACCCUUCCCACUGUUGCUACACUCCUAAUGGAUGUCAUGUUUUACUCCAAUGGAGUAAAAGACCCAGUGGUGGGCAACGAAGACUCGGGACAUAUUCGCUUUUUCUCCUUUUCUCUCAUUGAGGGUUACAUCUCCUUGGUCAUGGAUGUCCAGACACAGCAGAGAUUUCCUAAUAAUUUGUUGUUUACAAGUGCAUCUGGCGAGCUCUGGAAGAUGGUGCGGAUUGGUGGGCAGCCUCUUGGCUUUGAUGAAUGUGGAAUUGUGGCUCAGAUUUCUGAGCCCUUGGCUGCAGCUGACAUCCCAGCCUACUACAUCAGUACUUUUAAGUUUGACCACGCAUUGGUACCAGAAGAAAAUAUAAACGGUGUGGUCAAUGCACUCCAAGUCAGUCAAGCUGAAAAGCAUUAGAAAUCUUCUGAGCUGGUUCCAGAUGCUUUUUAUUAUUAUAAUUAUUAUUAUUAUUAUUAUAAUUAUUAUUAUUCUUUUUUUCUCACAGUAUUUCUUGAAAAAUCUGAUUCCAGAGAGUGACAUGAAACAGAGACUGUGGAAAGUUGAGCAGAAACAGCUCCAAUAAGCCUUUGUUUUAAUUAUUAUUAUUGUUAUUGUUAUUUUAUUAAAUUUAUGAAUGAGGGGCAGGAGGAAAGGGAGUUCAGACAGUUUCCUGACGUUCAGCUCCAAGGUGAAGUGUGACCUGCUGGUGUUCUUGGUGUGGAAGGAGCUGCCCGGGGACAACCCCGGAGCGCGGCGGUGCCGAUGGCCACAGGCCCAGGUCCUCUGCUCAGAGGCUGGUGGCACAGCUGGGAUGGAUGGGCUGCUUCCUUGGAGAGGGCCCUGAAAACCAUAAACAAAAGUGAAAUGUGGAAUUAAAACAGAAAAGACGUGG